AUGGAUGCAGUAAAAGAUGCACCUCAUGCAACUUUUCAAAAAAUGGUUACAAAAGUUAAAGAUCUGAUAGCUACUGAUGUAAGAUUUACAACUAGAACAUUUAAAGACCAUUUGGAAAUCUUAAACAAAGUACUUACUCGAUUCAAAGAAAACAACUUGAAAUUGUCUCCAGAGAAAUGUUUCUUUAUACAGGAAAAGGUCAAAUUUCUUGGACAUGUAGUUAGUGAACAAGGGAUACAGACUGACCCAGAAAAGAUAGACAAAGUGAAGAAUUGGCCAACACCAAAGAAAGCAGAUGAACUCCGUUCCUUUUUAGCUUUUUGUGGGUACUCUAGAAGAUUUAUUAGAUAUUUUUCAAAACUUAUUAGACCUCUUACAGAAAUAUUACCUUCAACAUCUUCAAAGACUUCCAAGAAAGUAUUCAAAGAUUGGCAAAGGACAGAGAAAGAAGAACACAUAUUCAACCAACUUAAGGAAACUCUUGUAGCUCCACCAAUACAAGCAUUCCCAGAUUUCAGCCUUCCAUUUGAGCUUCAUACAGACGCGUCGACAAAGACUAUAUGCAACAAUAUGAACUUCAUUCCAUAUAUAGAGACACUACCAACAGCUUAUAUCAACAUACUUGAAGUAACAGAAGACUUUGGAACACCUAUGGCACAGAUAAAGAUGCGGAAAUAA